GCCAAGACGCCCACUGGGUGGAGGCGACUCUCUUAGUUCCUUUAAGGAUAAGCAUCUUCAGAGCAGCGGCCCGAGGAGGUGAUUAGCGCCUCGUCACGCGAGCACCGGAAGGGGACCAGCCACCCGGACAGUCGGCGAGCAGAAUCUAGUGAGGCCUCUAGCGGCCUUCUCGGUUGAGGGCGGAAGCGACGACUGCGUGGUACCGGCGGCGCCAGAAGAGAACUCCUGGACCCACGUGGAAGUUGCGCCCAGGAUGCUGCGCCGCGAGGCCCGCCUUCGCCGCGAGUACCUGUAUCGCAAGGCCUGUGAGGAGGCUCGGCGAACGGCCCAGGAGAGGAAGGACAAGGUUCGGCGUGCGCUCGAGGAGAACCGCCUGAUUCCCACCGAGUUACGCAGGGAGGCUCUGGCCUUACAGGGUUCCCUGGAGUUUGACGAUGCCGGCGGUGAAGGUGUGACCAACCACGUGGAUGAUGAGUAUCGAUGGGCAGGGGUUGAAGAUCCCAAGGUCAUGAUCACUACUUCCCGAGAUCCCAGUUCCCGCCUCAAGAUGUUUGCAAAGGAGCUAAAGUUGGUGUUCCCAGGCGCCCAGCGCAUGAACCGUGGCCGGCAUGAGGUAGGGGCGCUGGUGCGAGCCUGCAAAGCCAACGGGGUCACUGACCUGCUGGUUGUCCACGAGCAUCGAGGCACACCUGUGGGGCUCAUUGUCAGCCACCUGCCCUUUGGCCCAACCGCGUACUUCACACUGUGCAACGUCGUCAUGCGGCAUGACAUCCCCGACCUGGGCACUGCGUCGGAGGCCAAGCCUCAUCUGAUUAUGCAUGGCUUCUCCUCCCGCCUGGGUAAGCGGGUCUCCGACAUACUCCGCUACCUGUUCCCUGUGCCCAAAGAUGACAGCCGCCGGGUCAUCACCUUCGCCAACCAGCACGACUACAUCUCCUUCCGGCACCAUGUGUACAAGAAGACCAACCACCGCAAUGUGGAGCUGACCGAGGUUGGGCCUCGCUUUGAGCUGAAGUUGUACAUGAUCCGUCUGGGCACGCUGGAACAGGAGGCCACAGCAGACGUGGAGUGGCGCUGGCACCCCUACACCAACACUGCACACAAGAGGGUCUUCCUGAGUGCUGAGUGAGCCCACUCACCAGUCAGGAUGUGGACCUGGACACAGGAGCUGGGGAGAGGAAACAUCCUGACCAGGUCCGCCUGUAAAUGACUGCAGGGAGGAAGAAAUUAACACAUCCUCUCCAGAGGCUGGUGGGAACCAGGAAGUGUUUGAUUUUACUUCCUCUUUUAGUGUAAAAGGAGCCUGAAUUCUAACUCAGGCAAGAUGUUUCCUCGGGGCAUGAGCCCACCAUCUUCUCGGUUUGCUGGGUUUCCAAAUAAAGUCUUAUUCCUUGUCCCAACAA